CAGACCAGGAAGUAGUGAGCCGCUGCUGCAGACAGUCUUCAUCUCUUCACCUCCUCACCUCCUCCUCACCUCCUCCUCCUCAGACCAACAUGACUUCCAUCAUUAAAGAAACACGAAGCAUAAAAGAAGCGGUGACUUUCAUCAACGCGAUUGAUGUGAACAAGUUCUCCAGGCUGAUCUCUCGCAUCAUACAAAAGCUCCAUCUGAAGGGAGAGAAGACGUUCAGUGAAGAGGAGGAGCAAAAACUUCAGGCUGCUCUCUCAUUGGAUAAACAGGCUCUCAAUCUAGUCCUGGAAACUGCUGCCUUCAUACUCGAGCAGGCUGUGUAUCAUAAUGUAAAGCCAGCCUCUCUGCAGCAGCAGCUGGAGGCCGUUCAUCUGAACCCAGACCAGGCCGAGGUCUUCUCUCAAACCUGGGCCACCGCUGGACCCGAGCUAGUGGAGAAGCUAAAGCACAACAUCUUUUCCCCAAAGAAGCUGGAGUUUGUAGGAUGGCAGUUAAACCUGCAGAUGGCCCAGUCCAGCCAAGCCAAACUGAAAUCUCCAAGUGCUGUCCUCCAACUGGGGCUCCGCAAGGAAGACUCCGAGGUUCAGGAAAAUGUCUUUGUGGAGUUUAACCACCAGGAGCUGCUUGAAUUCUAUAACAAGCUUGAAAUCGUACAAGGACAGUUGGAUUCCUUGACUUGAUGCCAGAUUCCACACACAUAACACACACACACACACACACACACACACACACACACACACACACACACACACACACACACACACACACACACACACACAGAGGUUGUUAGUGUUGUUGCUGACAGCUAUGCCAGCUGUUUGUAGCCUAGAGAUUUCAUUAUUGCUCUAAUUUAUUAGAGGGAAUGUCAAAAUGGGUAGACAUGAGUUUCUUUUCCCUUUGAGCUCCGUUCAAUCAAGACCUGUGUUCGAAUGUUUUUGAAACGUAUGUCUUCAUCAGAGAGAUGUGGGAAAAUCAUCUUUUCCAAUAUAAAUCCAUUUCAUAGUGAGAUUUGUCUGUACCUUAUCAUUAGUAACAUAAUGAUGAACUGAUCUAUAAAUGUGUUGUAUGAAGUUUAAGUGUGCCAAUAGUCAGCGAUGUUUAAAAAAUGGUGUGAAAAUGUUGAAACAUGAAUGAAUUUUGUAACUCUAUGAAUAACAUUCUAAUAAAAUCUGAAUUGGAGAUGAAAUCC